GUCGUUCUGCGAGCGCAGUGUGUGUGUGUCGGGUGCCUUUUUGGACUGCUGGUUGCGCUUCGGCUGCUCACGCAAACGCCUCGCGCACCCAGCAGCAGCCUAUCCGCUCUGUGUUCGUGAGCCGGGCGGUUACCUGCGCCGGGGAACUGAUCAGUCUGAUGCGCUGCUUCGAAGUCCUCCCACUUUUCUUGUUUCUGAAACGGUGUUGUUUCAUUUCCACCAGUCCGGUGACAUGGACUAAGUUACGUGACAAAAGCAGGUACAGAAGACGUGUAACUAUUGGCUGCAGGCCAUUGUGUCAUGUAGACCUCCAGCAUCACAGCCGGUUGGCAGACUGUGCCCCUAGGGGACCAUGGAGCCUGCAGGGCACCCGCCUUCCAGUACUGACUCUCCCACUGAGGUGGAGAACCCGCUCUCACCAUCCGCACCCCUUGGCAGCACUUUACAGAGUUCCCAUUGCUCUGCGGUGAGAGCGGAAGACAUUGGCAGUGGGGGCCUCAGAGACAUCUGUGGAGAAGGAAAAGGGGUCUCCUUUUUUGGGACUGGAGCGGAGGAGGUUACGCGGAGGAACCCACGGCCCUCUGCCUUUCCCUCCUCUCAGGCCUGGGACUCCGACUCGGAGAAAGAGACUCUAGAUGAGGAGGAGCUACAGCACUUUUCUAACCCUCACGGUCUGGCAGCUCACAGCCCAGGACCACCCGUGAGAUCCCCUUCUUCGGGACACAGGCAAGAAAGAUCUGAGAGUGAGGUUGACCAAGCACCUGAAAGAACACAGCACUUAAUGCCAGAGGAUGACACACCCUGUGCUUUGGGUGUGUGGGACCAAGGUGGAGCCAGCACGCAGCAUGAUGAGCCAAAAAUGGUACAGCUCAGCUCACCAGACUCUGAAGGAAACUGUAACAGGGAGAGGGCUUCCACAGUGUCUGCUGAGCUGUCGCUGCCUGAAAAUAAACCAAAGGAGGGGCGACGCAAAAGGGUAGGAUCUAAGGAGAAGCCAAAGCGGAAGGAGGAAGGGGCAGGAUUGGACGUGUACACCUUCCCCGGGGACUCGGAUCCUGAGAGUCCCCCACUAGCCCCCUGGGCCCACUGCACCUUCACCCAGCGUAGGAGGAGGAAGCGGGCCCUCCUGAGGCCCUUCUCGGGCCUGGGAUCCCAGCAGCGCACUGUUCUGGGGCCAGGGAGACGGCACAAUCGCAAGGAGGGGCUGGGGCCCGGACUGCGGAGAGGGGCUUUCAAGGCCAAAGAAGAACAACGGGAUGAUGAUGAUGAUGAUGAUAAUGUUGGGGAGCUCAUGAGAGAGGAGGUGGUGGAGAAGAAGGUAGAAAGUGGAGACGCUCUAUGUCAGGAGGUUUUCACAUGUGUGGAGUGUAGCAUUUACUUCAAGAAGCAGGUCCACCUGCAGGAGCACAUGCAACAGCACUGCCAAAGUGGGAGACUAAAGGAGCGAGGAGGGGACGUUGAAGAUGGAGGCUUUGUGUGCUCAGAGUGUGGAUGGGAGCUGGAGGACAGCAGCACCCUGGCGGAGCACAUCCGGCAGCACCAGGAGUCAAGGCAGAAAAUCUUGUUGGAAAUCAGCAAAUUGAACAAAGACAGUAGGGGUGUGGGAGAGCAGACAGGACUGGAUGUGGCUCACAAGCGUGCAGGUGGUUCUGGUGGUGCUCUUCACUCCUCCCAUGGCUCCAAGGAUUUGGCAUCUCCUCUUCCUGGUGAUUCUUGUGGUUUCCAGGAAACGAGUCAAGCGCACCCCAAUCAGCCUGCGGUUUGGGAUGAAGGUCAGCAGGAGGAGCACUGCCCAGGAACAAGCCAGGACUUCCUCAGGCUUGUCCACCCUGAGGAAGUCUCUGGGCACCAGUCGCUCCCUCAGGCUGCAGCCACCUCACUCGUGGCCAUGGCCAGUGCAAAAGCAGGAUUUUCUCCCAAAAGGGGACCCCACCCAUGUCUGCUGCAAAUGUCCCAGGCACUGCCUUCGAGCACCGCUACCAGAACACGCCGCAGGGACGUGGCGUUCAAGAGCCUCGGCAGUCGGAGGAGGGGAAGGAGAAGUGUUGACUUGGCUGGCCUGGGUGUACUUUCAGCAGGGCGUGAUGCGCUCCCUCUAGAGUCUGGAGAAGCACAGAAGCAGAACAAAAUCUUGGAUUUGGGUGACCAGUCCAUGUGUCACAGAACAUCCCAUCCUGGGGGCUUCUGGCCUCGAAUCAGCACAGUCCAGCUCCCAGACUCCAUGGAGGUGCCUGCCUCAGCUAUCCACCUCAAGCGCACUUUCUCUACCAGCCUCCGGGGGGCAGCAGAGACCCUGGGGCUCACAGACUGUCAGCGGGACCAGCUCAGGCAUAUGGUACCCCUGGUCCUAGUUGAGCCAUUACACUCCAGGUCCCGAACUCGCUCCUCUGGACCCAGCUGUUCUGAGAAUGACAGGGCACCUGGUAAACCAUCUCCAGCAGAGAGCCCGUUUAUCCAUUCUCUGAAAUAUAAGGAUGGUGAAGGAGAGGAGGACGAUGAGUGCUAUGAGGAUGAUGAAAAUAUAUUUCUGUCCAAUGAAGCACUGGAGGAGGAUGCAGGGAUCUUGAAGAACGUAGAGAGAAAGUGCCCUUAUUGUCCUGACCGGUUCCACAAUGGCAUUGGCCUCGCAAAUCACAUAAGGGGGCACCUCAACCGGGUGGGUGUCAGCUACAAUGUUCGCCACUUCAUCUCCCCAGAAGAGGUCAACGCCAUUGAAAGAAAGUUCUCCUACCAGAAGAAGAGGAAGAAAGUGGCUAAUUUUGACCCAGACACCUUCAGCCUGAUGCGCUGUGAGUUCUGCAGCGCGGGUUUUGACACCCGUGCUGGCCUGUCCAGCCACGCCCGUGCGCACCUGCGCGACUUUGGCAUCACCAACUGGGAGGUCACUGUCUCGCCCAUCAACAUUCUGCGGGAGCUCUUCUCCAGCCGACCGGAUCUGGCCUUGCCCACUGGUCCUCCGAUCAGCUCCCCUGUGCACGGCUUAGACACGGAGGAUGAGUGGGAGGUAGCUGGGGCCAGUGGCCUUGGGGCUGCAGAGGUUGCAUCACCUGUCCGCUCUUUGUCGCCACCCACCCUGCCUUCCCCCUCCCCGAUGGCUGCCCAUGUUGAGGGUACAGAGGAGGACCCUGAGGCAGACAUGGGGGAUACACCCCCACGGCCAGGGGGCAGCAGCGUGAUCCCCGCAGACCCUGGGUCCGCAGACAGUCCUACCCACGAGAGUUCGGACUCUAAAGCCCCCAGUUUGUUGAAAUGUGAGGUAUGUGCAGCGCCCUUUGAAACGAGGAGGGGCUUAUCCAGCCACGCCCGCUCACACCUCCGACAACUGGGUAUUAGUGUGUCAGAGAGCAGCGGGGCACCCAUUGACCUGCUAUACCAGCUCAUCAAGGAGAGGGAUGGCCCCUUUUCCCCAACACAACCGCCGCCACCUCCCCCAGUUAAGAAGACACAGCACGGAACUCCUACAGCCCGAAAGGAGGUGCCAGGGGCUAGAGUGGGGACGAAGGUGGCGGCUUUGGAGAAUAAGCCUGCUGCCCCGCUGUCUCCACUGAGCACUGCUAGCAAAGCACCACCCUCCACCAGCCGUUCAUCUUCACCAUCUGUGUUUGUCAAGUCACGCUCAGCAUCGCCAUCUCUGAAGAAAGCGCCUAUUUCCUCUCUCUUGCCAACCUCUUCUCCUCGACACACCAUGGAGUCCAAACUCGGCUCUGGGAAGACCCCGUCAGCCUCUGUGGCCUCUGCUGUUUCUGCCAAGCCGUUCUGGGCUCCUCAGGAGACCGAUGCCCCUCUAAACUUGUCUGCAGAGGUUGACGCCGGCAAAGAAAUUGUGUGCCAGUUGUGUGGUGCCUGGUUUGAGACACGCAAAGGGCUGUCUAGCCAUGCCCGGGCUCACCUCCGCCACUUUGGGGUGGUCGAUGCUGAAACCAAAGGAUCACCCAUCGACCUGCUGAAUCAGCUCAUCCAUACUGAUGACUUCAAGCAUCGGGCCAACACCCUGCUACCAGAGUUAUCAGAGGGGGGAAGCAUCAGGGCUAGCCUGCCUCCUGCCUCCACCUUAUCCUCUGGCAAACGACCUGUCCUGCCUUUGUCCCCAACUGGCUUACACAAGGGUGCCUCAGCAGGAGGUUGUGGGUCUGGGAUGAAAAGCACUGCCCGCUCAGUGUUGUUGUCCCCCCCUGUGAAACGGUUCAAGCCCUCAUCUGCUGAGAAAGCAGCUCUGCAGGCCUUCCGCCUGAGCAGUGGGGAGCUGGCACCUCUCACCCAUGGUGAGCCUCUGAAGGAGAUAGCCUGCGAGUUUUGCGGGGAGUAUUUUGAGAAUCGCAAGGGCCUUUCCAGCCAUGCUCGCUCACAUCUGCGGCAACUGGGAGUUACAGAGUGGUCAGUCAAUGGCUCGCCUAUUGAUACUCUGCGAGAGCUGAUAACUCGCCGUGGCCUGCCCUGCGCUAUGCCCAUCAGGCCCCUGAAGUCGCCACCAUCUUCCCCGGGGGCACCUCGCUCACCUCCAGUCUCCCCAUCUUCUCCUGCCCUCAUCAAGCGGUUGCCUGUUGCCCUCUCCCAUGGGCACCAGCCCACUGCACGCAAAGCAGGCGCUGUGAUUGGACCUGCCAUCGCAGUGAAGCCGAAGGUUGAACCUGUGCAGCUGGAGCUGGCUAUGCCGAAUGCCACUUUAGGCGGGGGCAGCAGUGGGGGUGGAGCCCCCAUUGGGUCUGUUGGCUCUUAUGUCCCAGAUGCUCUGCCACAAAAUUGGGCUGCACAAGACAGUGUCCUGCCUCUUAACUUUGCCCCAGCUGCUGAGCCAGAACCUGCUCGGGAUAUCCGCUGUGAGUUCUGUGGAGAGUAUUUUGAGAACCGUAAGGGUCUGUCCAGCCACGCCCGCUCACACCUGCGUCAGCUGGGCAUCACAGAGUGGUCAGUUAAUGGCUCGCCCAUUGACACCCUGCGGGAGCUCAUGCUCAAGAAUGGCACAACCCCUGCUGGCCAGGUGAAGAAGGAACCAGGGCUUAGCGGGGGUGGUGCUGUCUGGGAUGAAUCGGGCUACCUGUCUCCUAAGUUCUCUCGCAAGUCCCCUCUCAGCAUGGUCCACACAGGGUCCCGCCUUCUCAAGCAAGGUAUGGGCAGGGUCUCCCUCCAUGCGCCACCUUUAAAUGGAAAGGGUGUUGGUUUUGUGGGUGUCUCCCCUUUGGGCAAGCGAGCUCUGCCAGAGGAAGGACAUCAUCUGGAGAAACCUUCACCCAAAACAUUCUCACCUCCACCACUGGAUUUUUCCUUCAAGGGGAAAUCCUCUCCUGACAAGUAUGCAGCAUCUCACUCAGCCCCCACUACUGACGCCAGCUGUGAGUUGUGCGGCUUCUAUUUUGAGAACCGCAAGGCCCUAGCCAGCCAUGCCCGUGCACAUCUGCGGCAGUUUGGGGUGACGGAGUGGUGCGUCAAUGGCUCCCCCAUUGAGACCCUAAGCGCCUGGAUGCGCAGCAGGCCACAGAAGGUUGCUGAAAUCCAUAAGCGCUACCUACAGGGUGAUAGGCCCUUCCCCAAGAAGAAGUACAGCUUGCCGUCUUCUCUGAUGAAUGACUUCAGAGACGCUUCAGCAUCUGGUACCCACAGGCCUUUGUCCUCUCAGCGGCCCUCCUUGGGGUCAACCCUCGGUCGGCGGGCAGGCCGUGAGAUCACAGGGGGCGGGUGGGUGUCUUCUCGGCCAGGACAUGGAGGCACCCCCUCGCCGCAGGCCCUUCACGGCCUGUCCCGCCAAACACUGCCCCAUGCACAAGUGGCGCGCAGCGAGCUCAACGUCCGCACACUUCGAGGCUUUGAGCGUCGUCCACCAAAGCACCUGUCCCACUCUGAAAGUGGAGAGAGGGACAGAACUCCCCCCCAGCCUCCUCGGACUGGCACCAUUCCCGCUCUCGUGCCAAAGCCCCCAUCCACUCCCCUUGUGAAACUAGUGGGCAAGAUCUACUCUCUUAAGUGCAGGUUCUGUGAGGUGGAGUUUCAUGGACCCCUCUCUGUACAAGAGGACUGGGUCCGACACCUGCAACAGCACAUCCUGGACCUCAAUUUCAACAAGGCUGAUCCACCCUCUACCCCGUCCUCAGCCAAUGCCCCUGUCCCUGCUGCUGUUUCUCCCCCAGCUGCCACCCAAGAAAGCAUUCCAGCGGCUACUGCCACUCCCUUGACCUCUGCACCCACCCCAACAGCAACUCCAACCUCUACCCCCAGUCCCAGCCCUGUUGUCGCCCUGACUCCGACGCCUGUGUCCACAUCUAGACCUCCAUCUGCUUCGGGAAUUUCUCCCUAAACCCCCAUCAUCAAUCACUUUCAAUUUCUUGUACCAUUUUUGUUGUCAGCUGUGUAUAUGAUAUGAGCUAUUUUAAAAUAAUUUUUAAAGAGACUUUUGCAAAGAAGUUACUAAGCCCAGCGUGAGCCUCUUCAUGGAUGUGGGGAGAGACAUACAUGUAUAUGGUGAACAGGGGUCUUCCUCCGGAUGCCGUGAAGGAUAAAUCUGCAAGAAAGUUAUGGAACCCUCAUUAUCCCCCUUUGUGUUGAAGGGUUUUAGGUCAAAUUUUCUAUUUAAGUAUAUUUAUUUGGUCUAGAAACUGCGUGCACACGCAGAUUUGGUAUGUUCCUAGAAUGAUACCCCAACAGACAUCACUUACUAAAAAGAAUAAGAAAAAGGAAAUGCCAGGCAGAGUUUUGCCUGGUCAUUAGAGUUAUAGCCCCACAGGUACAGGCUGCAACUUUUAAAACCCCUAGUCCACUGUAUCUAUAAGAAAACUGAUUGGAUCAGUUGUUGGCUUGAGUUCCUUUGGGCUGUGGUCUAUGGACUGUGCUCCUCCAGGAUUCUGAUUGAUUUCCCCAGCUUCAGCUAACACACUUAAGCCCCAAAAGGUAGUGUUUUCACUGAGUUCAUGUGCACAGAGUGACUAGGUGACCUUAAAGGUCAGAGAACCAGAUGGCAUGGAGAAGAUAGAACUUUCUUGUUUGAAAAGCUGUAGAUGUAGAAAUGGCUGGAUUUUUAUUGAUAGUGGCUCACUCCAUAUAGUCUAGCUGAGCUACAGGUUCUCUCUUGUGGAUUCAUUGGACUUUUGAAUGUGUUAAACUUUAUUUCAGCAUAUGAAGCUCAUCUGAAUGUAUGGCUACUGUGGAAAACCAAGAGAAAGUCGGUUGCCCUUGUAAACACUAUGACCAAAGACGCGUUGGCAGCUUUGUGGGGUUUUUUUUUGUACACACUGAUGCAAGGCACUAGUUCAGACACAAUUGGGUAGAAGUGUCUUCUUGAUUCCAGGACCUGUACUAAAUCAAAAUGUGUCAAAAAAGAGUGGGUUUUGAUUGGUGGAUGUGGCUGUGAAACAGGUUGGCUUUAAUGGUAUUCUUGUGUCCAUAGUAGCACGAGGACACAGGUCUUACAAAGCACAGAGAUUGAUAUAAAAGCAUUACCUGCACUAGAGCAUUGGAGCUUGAGAUUCAAGUAUUGGCUUGCAGUUGUCACUCACUCAGAAUGUGCCAAAGAGAAGUUGGUUUACUCCUCUCUUGCCUUGGAAUUUUCUACAUAAGUGGAUCCCUGCAACCUUUGAAAGGAAGCUGCCAAGGCAUGGAACUUCAGUAAAAGUAAAAAGAUUCAGAUGAGAAAGUACGUACUUUCCACCCCCAAUUUCCACCAUUUCAUGUGAGUUCUGUGUCAGAUACAGGACAGUUUGGAUUGUAUAGUUUGGACUGCAUGUUUGCUUUGCAAGGACACAUUUAGUGUGUGUAGUCAUGAUAUGAGGGUUUGACGUCAUCAGUAAAGCAAUAACUAGAGGGUGCAUGUCCAAGCUGUGAAAGACUGUUCCAGCAUUAACCACAUUCCCACCCUAACUCUCACCCUUCAUGUCUGCCUAUCCCAUCGAGGGAAUAUAUAACUACAUGUACUUAUAAUAUGACUAUUAUUUACCUCUUAAUGGCUAGCUACACAAUGUGAUCUUACUGUCUUUUAAUUUGAAUUGAAACUUUUUUAAUACUUUGUUUUUCAGUGCAGUGUGCGCUUGUUUUCUCAGUAAAGGGAGAUACAGAUAAGUACUUUUUAAACUGUUAGCAUUAUUUUCAUAAAGCUGAAAUAUUGGUGCUCGAGAGAAUUGUUUUUAAAGAGGGGAUAAUGUAGAAUGAGAAAAAAAAUGUCUUCUAGGAACAAAGAGGACUCUAAACUAAAGGGAGCACUUCUGAACCGGCCGGGCCCUUCCUGUAAGGCUUAUAGCCGGGUGUGUUGGCAGUUUUGACUUCUGUCGGUGUGUGUCUCUCGAGGUCUCUUGUCUGAGUGAAGGACAGUACGGGUCGGUAAGGAAGCUCCUUUCAGGGUUGCCUUUUAUCGUAACCUCCCAGGCUGGUGUGACUGGCCUCAGUGGAGGAGAAUGAGAGAAUGAGCCCAGGGGCUUGUGGGUAGUAUCUGCAGCCAGUGGGUGGGCGGGGGGGGUUGGGAGGGUUAGGGUGUAAAGAGCAAUGUGUGAUAAGUGCAAUGUGUGAUAACAUGGGGAGAGGGAUGGAGGGAUGCAGGAAGCACUACUGCUGAAAAGCUUUGAAAGCGAUUAUGUAUGGUUCUGGUGAUCAAUAAAUGACUGAUUUUCAGCCCCUGACAAAUUGCAGUUUUUCUCUUUGCUCUUUGAAUUUGGACAUGUA